AUGCGCACUCUUAAGAGGUAGAAACGGGGAGAGGCGCAGGGGCGCUCGAACGGAAGUGACGCAUGGUACAUGCGCAAUGACGACGAGGAGGUUGCGAAAAGUCAGGUGCUGGUCCGCACGCUGUGCUCGCUUCCGGAAGUGGCUUCUGCGACAACAUGCUUACGGACCUCGGCUUAAUCGGGACCAUAGGCGAGGAUGACGAGGUGCCGGUGGAGCCGGAGUCUGACUCCGGUGACGAGGAAGAAGAGGGGCCUAUUGUGCUGGGCAGACGACAAAAAGCCUUGGGGAAGAACCGCAGUGCUGAUUUCAAUCCUGACUUCAUUUUCACUGAGAAGGAAGGGACUUACGAUGGCAGCUGGGCCCUGGCUGAUGUCAUGAGCCAACUCAAGAAGAAGAGGGCAGCCACUACAUUAGAUGAGAAGAUUGAGAAAGUUCGAAAGAAAAGGAAAACAGAGGUUAAAGAAGCCAAGUCUGGGAAGUUGGAGAAGGAGAAAGAAACAAAGGAGGGCUCUGAACCAAAAGAGCAGGAAGACCUUCAAGGGAAUGAUGAGGAAGGCUCAGAAGAUGAAGCCUCAGAGACCGACUACUCAUCAGCUGAUGAGAACAUCCUCACCAAAGCAGAUACACUCAAAGUAAAGGAUCGGAAGAAGAAGAAGAAAGGACAGGAAGCAGGAGGAUUUUUUGAAGAUGCAUCUCAGUACGAUGAAAACCUCUCAUUCCAGGACAUGAACCUUUCCCGCCCUCUUCUAAAGGCCAUUACAGCCAUGGGCUUCAAGCAGCCCACCCCGAUCCAGAAGGCGUGCAUACCUGUGGGUCUGUUGGGGAAGGACAUCUGUGCCUGUGCAGCCACUGGGACAGGUAAAACUGCCGCCUUUGCCCUGCCUGUCUUGGAGCGUCUGAUUUACAAACCCCGCCAGGCUCCAGUCACCCGCGUGCUGGUGCUGGUGCCCACCCGAGAGCUGGGCAUCCAGGUGCACUCUGUCACCAGACAGCUGGCCCAGUUCUGCAACAUCACCACCUGCCUGGCUGUGGGCGGCUUGGACGUGAAGUCUCAGGAAGCAGCUCUUCGGGCAGCGCCUGACAUCCUCAUCGCCACCCCAGGCCGGCUCAUCGAUCACCUCCACAACUGCCCUUCCUUCCACCUGAGCAGCAUCGAGGUGCUCAUCCUGGACGAGGCUGACAGGAUGCUGGAUGAGUACUUUGAGGAGCAGAUGAAGGAGAUCAUCCGAAUGUGUUCCCACCACCGCCAGACCAUGCUCUUCUCAGCCACCAUGACAGACGAGGUGAAAGAUCUGGCUUCUGUCUCCUUGAAGAAUCCUGUCCGGAUAUUUGUGAACAGCAACACGGAUGUGGCUCCCUUCCUGCGGCAGGAGUUCAUCCGGAUCCGGCCUAAUCGGGAAGGAGACCGGGAAGCCAUCGUGGCAGCCUUGUUGACGAGGACCUUCCCUGACCAUGUGAUGCUGUUCACGCAGACCAAGAAGCAGGCCCACCGCAUGCACAUCCUCCUGGGGCUCAUGGGACUGCAGGUGGGCGAGCUCCAUGGCAACUUGUCACAGACGCAGCGGCUGGAGGCCCUCCGGCUCUUGUGGAGCAUUAUUAGGGGAGGGUGUCUGGAUGAACAGCUGUUUGUGACUGUUUCUAGGCGUUUUAAGGAUGAACAGAUUGACAUCCUCGUGGCCACUGAUGUGGCAGCCCGUGGACUUGAUAUUGAGGGGGUCAAAACGGUAAUCAACUUCACAAUGCCUAAUACUAUCAAACAUUAUGUCCACCGGGUGGGGCGAACAGCACGUGCUGGCAGGGCUGGGCGCUCAGUCUCUCUGGUGGGAGAAGAUGAGCGGAAGAUGCUGAAGGAGAUUGUAAAAGCUGCCAAGGCCCCUGUGAAGGCCAGGAUACUUCCCCAAGAUGUCAUCCUCAAAUUCCGGGACAAGAUUGAGAAAAUGGAGAAAGAUGUGUAUGCAGUUCUGCAGCUAGAGGCGGAGGAGAAAGAGAUGCAGCAGUCGGAAGCCCAGAUCAAUACAGCAAAGCGGCUCCUGGAGAAAGGGAAGGAGGCAGUGGUCCAAGAGCCCGAGAGGAACUGGUUCCAGACCAAAGAAGAGAGGAAGAAGGAGAAAAUUGCCAAAGCUCUGCAGGAAUUUGACUUGGCCUUAAGAGGAAAGAAGAAAAGGAAGAAGUUUAUGAAGGAUGCCAAAAAAAAGGGGGAGAUGACAGCAGAGGAAAGGUCCCAGUUUGAAAUCCUCAAGGCGCAGAUGUUUGCUGAACGGCUAGCGAAGCGGAAUCGCAGAGCCAAGCGGGCCCGAGCCAUGCCCGAGGAGGAGCCAGUGAGAGGUCCUGCCAAGAAGCAAAAGCAGGGGAAGAAAUCUGUAUUUGAUGAAGAACUCACCAACACAAGCAAGAAGGCCCUGAAACAGUAUCGAGCUGGCCCUUCUUUUGAAGAAAGGAAACAGUUGGGCUUGCCCCACCAGAGACGAGGAGGAAACUUUAAAUCUAAAUCCAGAUACAAGAGGAGGAAGUAGCUGUUGUGGUCUGAAGAAAUUCAUGGGGGCAGCCCUUAAAUCCCUUCCCUGUGGGAAGUCAUCCUGGCUGGUCUUUUCUCCAUUUGUUCAAAAAACAAAAAAAAAAGUUUGGUGUGGUGGUAUGGUAUGUAGCUAUUUUCCUAAGCAUGUCUGUCAAUCUCCUUUCUUGCUGAUUAGCUUUCACACAAUGACUAUAUUAAAUCGAAGUAUUUUGGAAGAGAAACCAA